GGUAAGUGACAACAAUAUGGCGGCGCUGUCAGAUCUCCUAAAUCUUGAAAAGAAGUUAUCGGAAUACAAGAGCGACACCAACAAAGCCGUGCGGCUGAAGUUAGUUCGCUUCCCCGAGGACCUGGAGGAUGAGAGCACGACCUUCAACCCCCUGUACAGCCACCAGGUGUUUGGAGACGAGGAAUCGGUAUUUGGUUACCGGGAUCUGGAGAUCCAGCUGUACUACAGCACCUGUAGCCUGGCCACAUUCUUCAAUGUCCGUUACACCAGCAAAGUCACCGAGAAGUACGGCAACGUGGAGGUGGAUGAGAUCGAGAACAAGCUGUUGGAGUACCUGCCGGCUGGUUACUGCACCAGCCUGGAUGAGUUUGUGGUGCAGCUGGAAAAGGACGCCUCCUUCAGGCCGUUCGGGGAACUGAUCCACUCGUACAAGGUGCAGGACGUGAAGGAGGGGCUGGAGUUGCACUACGAGAUCUACAAGACAGACAUCAGUUGCCCUGGCUUCCGGGAAUACCACCAGCGGCUACAGACCUUCCUCAUCUGGUUCAUCGAGACGGCCAGCUUCAUCGACACUGACGAUGACAAAUGGCACUACUUUCUGGUGUUUGAAAAGUACUUGGAGUCUGGGUCUCCUCGCUACGCCACAGUGGGCUACAUGACUGUCUACAAUUUCUACGCGUAUCCUGACAAAGUCCGGCCCCGAAUCGGACAGAUGCUCGUGUUGCCCCCGUUCCAAGGGGAAGGUCACGGGGCACAGUUGAUGGAGACGGUUCAGAAGUUUUACACAGCGAUGCCUUCUGUGCUGGACGUCACAGCCGAAGAGCCUUCGGAGGACUUUGUGAAGUUGCGAGACUUUGUGCUGAGCAAGCUGUGCCAGGGGCUACCCGGGUUCGAGCCCCAAAAACUGGCCAAGGGAUUCAGCGCCGAGAUGGUGGAGCAGGCCAAACACACCUGGAAAAUAAAUAAGCAUCACGCACGAAGAGUCUACGAAAUUCUCCGGCUUCGAAGCACCAACAUGAGCGACCCCGAACAGAGCCGCGAGUACCGGCUGGAGGUGAAGCGCAGGCUGGCCAUUCCCUUCAAGAAGAACAAGAAGGAAGCCACACGGCUGUCGCGGGUGAUGCCGGAGGAUUGGCUGACACAGCAGGCGGAGGUGAGCGUCAGCCAGGAACACGAGUACCUGGAGGAGACGUACCAGAGCAACGUGGAGCAAUACAGGCGCAUUCUGGAGCGGCUGGCACAGCUCUGACGCCAGGCUACCCUCUGACCCCCGGCCUCUGACCCCUGACCCCAGGCUCCCCCCUGACCCCCCCCAGGGGGACGUCGCUGGGUUUUAGCCAACGGCGAAGACGCUCCUUCAGGUCAGGAUAAACGAGAGGCUUCGCGUGGCUUAGACUCCACUUUGGUUCUUGUUCCCAUCACCUGCUUCAUGUCCCAAACCCCGAGUCCGUCCGGGUUCAAAAGGUACAAACCCGGAAACGCAGUUCACUGUUUCAUCUUUGG